AUCCCCGAAUGGGGAGGAGCGGAACAGGAGAUUCCUCCUGGAGUUCCUGAAUGGAAUAACUGUGACGAACAAUAUGAAGAAGUUGCCGAAGCAUCUACAUCUACCUCAUCAAAAAUCAAAUGGAACAAAUACGAUACGUUCGCAGAACAAUUACGAUUUGUGCCUUCGAGAGAUCCGCUCAGCUUAAAAAGAAGGAAAACGACAUUUGCCAGUUGA